AUGGUUCAGUUUGUGAGGGCGUGCACUGGAGCGCUCGCUCUAUUGGCGAGCAUUUCCGGCGUUGUAGCCCAGGAUUCAGACCUGGUGGUCAAGACGAACCAUUUCACAAUCAGAGGAACACUCGAGACCAACAUGACCAAUGUACGGGUCUUCCGUCGAAUCCCCUACGCCGAGCCUCCAUUGGGUGUACUUCGAUUCAAGCCUCCGGUCACCAAGAAACCCGAGACAGAGAUCUUGGACGGCACCAAAUUUGGCAAUUCGUGCAUUCAAUUGAACAAUGGUCAACCAACGGCCUACACGACAUAUCUUCCGGGCUUUUUGCUAGCCCCUGGAGCGACGACCGGAGAAGAUUGCCUUAGUCUGAUCCUGUGGGCGCCCAGAGCGAAGGCGAAUCAGAGUUUCCCGGUUAUAGUCUAUAUCCCCGGCGGCGGAUUCACCAGUGGAGGGGCUAACUCGCAAUAUAAAUAUGGCGGUCCAAUUGUCCGUGACAAUCAGGACGUGAUUGUGAUUUCGAUAAACUAUCGAGUCAAUAUCUUUGGCUACCCAAAUGCCGCCAGCUUGGGCAGACACAACCUUAACCCUGGACUUCUAGACCAGCGCAAGGCUGUGGAGUGGGUUUACGAGAACGUUGCCGCUUUCGGAGGCGAUCCCACACGAAUCACACUUUGGGGUCAAUCUGCUGGCGGAUCUUCCGUCGACAAAUACGCAUACGCCUGGGCUGAUGAUCCAAUCGUCCAGGGGUUGAUCGCGGACUCAGGGGUUGCAGGGCUCUUGGGGACCAGUGCCAGCGACACGUCCAACUUUACCUAUAUCGCUCAGCAACUCAAUUGCACGCAAAAGGAUGUGGACGACCAGUUUACUUGUGUCCAGCAGAAGAAUGCGACCGACAUUAUCAAUAUCUUGGAUAACUAUAACGCAACAAAGAACGGCGGAAAGAGCCUCUCGUUUGUUCCCACCGGAGACAAUGAAACAAGCUGGUCAAGCUACAAGGACUUGGAGGCGAAAGGGAAGUUCGCCAAAAUUCCGUUCCUCACGGGCAACAACAAUAAUGAGUUUGCCACUUUGGUUGCUUUCAACCCUAAUGGACCCAAUGAGACCUUGGUUCAACAAUUAACAAACGCAUCCAUGGCGUGUCCGGCCGGUGAUGCUGCCCGAGCCAGAACAGAGCACGGCAUUCCCGCCUGGAGGUAUCGUUACCUUGGCCAGUUCCCCAACUUGAAUCCAGUGCCCUGGUUAGGGGCAUACCAUUCAAGCGAGCUGCCGAUGGUUUUCGGCACAUCUACUCUUCUCGGGCCCAAUACUGCACUGGAAAACAGGACAAGCCAUUACAUGCAGGAUGCCUGGCUUGCUUUCGUCAGGGAUCCCCAGAACGGCCUGAAAAACUAUGGGUGGCCCUUGUACAACGAUACCACAAACAGCUUGGCGCAGCUAGGACUCAACGGCAGCGAUACGGCCGUUUUUGCACGAGGCAAUACCUACGAUCAGACUUGUCAAUCGUCAUGA